ACGUUAGCGGAAUAUAUUUUACUUCUUAAAAGACAAGAAGAGGCUAAAAGCAUGGGCAAUAGCGACGGCGGAUUUGCGCACCCAAUGGACGAGUACCGCUCGCCAAAUGCAAGGCCACCUAAGGAGUAUCUCAUUCUUGAUGUCCGCUCAGAGGAAGAUUACCGGACCUGUCAUAUUGAGGGCUCACUGCACUACCCAAAGCGACGGUUGGUACACGCAACAAACCCAUUUCUUCCGGAGAUGUUUGAAUUUAAGAAUAAAGAUAACAAGUGUAUCGUAUUGUACGAUCUAGAAGAGGAAUUAACAGUUGGACAGAGCGUUGGCAAGAUCCUCUUUGAAAAGGGCGUUGAUAAUUUAGCAGUUCUAACGGGAGGAUUACGAGAAUUUGUACAGGACUAUGCUUCUCUAAUAGUGGGAAAGUGCCCUGUUCCGAUAGUUCCCCGGGACAAUCGCCUUUUAAAACGUGCAGAGGCGCUAGCAGCAGCGCGGAGUGAAACGCAACGGAGCAUGUUUACUCAUAAACCAAAGAGCUUGUCGAAUAGUCUUGCCAAGCCAAGACGGUAG